AUGGAUCCGAGCUCACUACGGCAGGAGCUUUCCGAAAUCGGAGCUGCAACGGAGCAGGAAACAGAGGCGGUUUCAGAGAUCUCGAGAUCGUACGUCAAGAACCUGCUUGCCUUGCAUGGCACUGGCACUGAGAAGACUUCCACCCACACACAGGGCGAGACAGCCGCAGGGCCACAGAAGGCAGAGGAGUACAGCCUCACAAAUCCGAAGGAUCUUCAGAGCUUCCUCGUCGAGGCGAACAUCAGACCGGUGCGGGUCGAAUUUCUGUUCAAGCUUGCCAAGGAAGGACGGGUGUGGCCACGGCGGCAGGAGGCGGAGAGGGAAAUGUUCGAGGAUGCAAAUCGCAAGAUGCGGACAGCAUUGGUCACGAUGGAGGAACUCCAGGAUCCAAACUUAUACCUUGGACCUCUCAAGCAGAAUCAGAGCGCGAUCUUAUCCGUGUCGCACACGUGGGAGGCUCAGCAGCACCCAGAUCCAUGGGGCUGGCAGCUGCGAAGCCUACUGCGGCAACUUGAGAGCCUGGGCCUGUCUCGGGAAGAAUGCAAGCAUGAGAAGAGAAAGCAUGAGCGUCAGUGCUGGAUAUUCCUCGACUUCAUGUGUUUGCACCAGUACAGGCGCAACGACGAGCAAGAGCAUCUCUUCAAGAAGGCAAUGAGGUCGAUGCAUUUGCUGUAUGCCCAUGACCACAUUAACCGCGUCGUCCGUCUCGAGGAGCUGACGCCCGAGAGCGAGAAGACUAUGUCGGGCAGCAUCGGGAUGUACUGUGAGGCGACGGGCAAGUUUGAGGAGAGGCCUCGAAGUGAGCUGGUCCUCAACAGCACGCCGUACGGGCAGCGCGGGUGGUGCAUUGCUGAAGUGCAAUGGAUGUCCACCAAAGACAGGCUUUACGGCUACGCCCCCAUGGCCCCGGAGGACUUUCAGGAGCGGGUGAGGCGAGGCGAGCAGGCACUUGCGGAUGGUUUGGUCUUGGUCUUCACGCAUCGUUCCGAUGCAGGACUCGUGAGCCAACUUCAGGAGGAAGUUUUCCUUCAGCAGGCCAGGCAGCGCCGAAGACUUGCUGCAUACUCCUUGCCCCAGCGGGAGAUGGCGAUUCUGGCGACGGCCCUGCCCCACUUGGUGAACCUGGAAAGCCUCGAAGUACGCAAGCCUCCAGAGGGCUUCACCUUCGGGCCGAGCAUCUUCGACCUCGCCCGGGGCCUUCAACGCCUUCGCCCUGAGAAGCUGAUGUCUCUGUGGGUGGAAGGGGAUGGCAUUGGGGAUGAGGGGGCUGCAGCUCUGGCCUCCGCCAUGGCCAGCUGCAAGGCGCUGGCAGAAGUUGAAGUCGCAAGCGACGACAUCGGUGACGCCGGUGCCGAGGCUCUGGCUGCAGCGGUGGUGGCAUGCAAGGCCUUGAGACGUUUCGAACUCCGAAAGUGCUACAGAAUCGGCGAGGCCGGAGUAAGAGCUUUGGCAGCAGCAAGCAAAGCGGCCCCACAGGUCGUGUUCAAAAUAGGGCAACAUGUUUCACGGCUAGCAGAUAGCUUGCAUCACGAGUGGGGCACACGCAAUCGCGCAUUGGACACAUUCUAG